GGGGCGGCGGGCCCGGGUCCGCGGGCGCGGAGCGGGCGGCGGGCGGCGGGCGCGGGCUGCCUUCGUCCGGCCCCGAGCUCGCCUGGAGCGAGCAGCCGCCCGCGAGCCGCCGCGGAGCCUCCUCGCCCGCUCCCCCCGGCGAGCAAGAUGAUGUGCGAGGUGAUGCCGACCAUCAGUGAAGCAGAAGGCCCCCCAGGAGGAGGUGGGAGCCACGGCUCCAGCUCCCCUUCACAGCCCGAUGCAGAUUCCCAUUUUGAACAGUUGAUGGUCUCCAUGCUGGAAGAGAGAGACCGGCUUCUCGACACGCUGAGGGAGACUCAGGAGACGCUGGCACUAACCCAGGGGAAGUUACACGAGGUUGGUCACGAACGGGAUUCCUUGCAGAGGCAGCUCAAUACUGCACUUCCACAGGAGUUUGCAGCACUUACUAAAGAACUCAAUGUAUGCAGGGAACAGCUCCUUGAAAGAGAAGAAGAAAUUGCUGAACUGAAAGCGGAAAGGAACAACACCAGGCUGCUGUUAGAACAUUUGGAAUGCCUAGUCUCCAGGCACGAGAGGUCGCUCAGGAUGACAGUGGUGAAGAGGCAGGCGCAGUCCCCAGCGGGCGUGUCUAGCGAGGUUGAAGUACUCAAAGCACUAAAAUCUUUAUUUGAACACCACAAAGCUCUGGAUGAAAAGGUGAGAGAGCGAUUACGAGUAGCACUUGAAAGGUGUAGUUUGUUAGAAGAAGAAUUAGGUGCCACCCACAAAGAGCUAAUGAUUCUGAAAGAACAGAAUAACCAGAAGAAAACACUAACCGACGGGGUGCUUGACAUAAACCAUGAGCAGGAAAGCGCGCCGAGCGCAAACGGAAAGAGAUCGUCCGAUGGGUCUCUCAGUCACGAGGAGGACCUUGCCAAGGUGGUGGAGCUCCAGGAGGUCAUAGACAAGCAGUCAAGAGAGCAGAGCCAGAUGAAGGAGCGCCUGGCGGCCCUCUCCAGCCACGUGACGGAGCUGGAGGAGGACCUGGACACCGCCCGGAAAGACCUCAUCAAGUCUGAAGAGAUGAACACGAAGCUGCAGCGAGACGUUCGCGAAGCCAUGGCCCAAAAGGAGGACAUGGAAGAGAGAAUCACUACUCUUGAGAAACGCUACCUCGCAGCACAGCGUGAGGCCACCUCUGUGCACGACCUCAACGACAAACUUGAAAAUGAAAUUGCAAAUAAAGAUUCCAUGCAUCGACAGACUGAGGACAGAAACCGCCAGCUACAGGAGCGGCUGGAGCUGGCGGAGCAGAAGCUGCAGCAGACCCUGCGGAAAGCGGAGACGCUCCCCGAGGUGGAGGCCGAGCUGGCCCAGAGGGUGGCCGCGCUCUCUAAGUCUGACCUUUUGUCCUCUGGAAACUCCGCUGCUAAGGAGGCUAAGCGGUGGGAACUCGCCCCCCAGCCUAGGAAGGCGGAGGAGAGGCAUGGCAACAUUGAAGAGAGGCUGCGCCAGAUGGAGGCCCAGUUAGAGGAGAAGAACCAGGAGCUACAGCGGGCAAGGCAGAGAGAAAAAAUGAAUGAAGAACAUAAUAAACGUUUAUCAGACACUGUUGACAAGCUUCUUUCAGAAUCUAAUGAGAGGCUUCAGCUUCAUCUGAAGGAGAGAAUGGCUGCUCUGGAAGACAAGAAUUCUCUCAUACGGGAAGUUGAAAAUGCGAAAAAGCAGUUAGAAGAAACGCAACAUGACAAGGACCAGCUCAUACUAAACCUGGAAGCGCUGAGAGCUGAGCUAGACCAGGCGAGGCUGAGAGGGGUUCCCCUUCACCACGGCCGACCCCACUUGGGCAGCGUCCCGGAUUUCAGGUUCCCGGUGGCGGACGGGCCCGUGGAGCCCUACAGCGGCAGCGCGGUGCUGCGGCGCCCGCAGAAGGGCCGGCUGGCAGCGCUCCGAGACGAGCCUUCCAAGGUGCAGACCCUGAACGAGCAGGACUGGGAGCGCGCGCAGCAGGCCAACGUGCUGGCCAACGUGGCCCAGGCGUUUGAGAGUGAUGUGGACGUGUCUGACGGCGAGGAUGACAGGGACACGCUCUUCAGCUCGGCCGCUCUGCUGUCGCCCAGUGGGCAGGCCGAUGCACAGACGCUGGCCAUGAUGCUGCAGGAGCAGCUGGACGCCAUCAACAAGGAGAUCAGGUUGAUACAGGAAGAAAAGGAGAACACAGAGCAGCGGGCAGAGGAGAUCGAAAGCCGCGUGGGCAGCGGGAGUCUAGACAGCCUUGGUCGUUUCAGAUCGAUGAGCUCCAUUCCCCCGUACCCCGCCUCCUCGCUCGCCGGCUCCUCCCCGCCGAACAGCGGGCGGUCCACCCCGCGAAGGAUCCCGCACAGCCCGGCCAGGGAGGUGGACAGACUAGGUAUCAUGACUCUGCCUAGUGAUUUAAGGAAGCAUCGGAAAAAGUUGCCGGCUUCCCGAGAAGAGGUACGAGAUGACAAGACAGCCAUAAAAUGUGAAACGUCCCCGCCUUCGUCCCCACGGCCCCUCCGAGUGGACCGGCUGCACAAGGGGGCGCAGCACACGGUCAGCCACGAGGACAUCAGGGACGCGCGGAACUCGACAGGCUCACAGGACGGCCCCGUGAGCAACCCCAGCAGCAGUAAUAGCAGCCAGGACUCGCUGCACAAAGCCCCCAAGAAGAAGGGCAUCAAGUCGUCCAUCGGCCGCCUGUUUGGCAAGAAAGAAAAGGGCCGGCCCGGGCCCAUCGGCAAGGAGGCACUCGGACAGGAGACAGAAAACUCAUCUCCAGAUGCCUUGGGACUCAGCAAAUUGGGAGGACAGGCUGAAAAAAAUCGUAAACUUCAAAAAAAGCACGAACUGCUGGAGGAGGCCCGGCGGCAAGGUUUACCCUUCGCGCAGUGGGAUGGCCCCACGGUCGUCGUCUGGCUGGAGCUCUGGGUUGGGAUGCCGGCCUGGUACGUGGCCGCCUGCCGGGCCAACGUGAAGAGUGGGGCCAUCAUGUCUGCCCUGUCGGACACGGAGAUCCAGCGUGAGAUCGGCAUCAGCAACCCCCUGCACAGGCUGAAGCUGCGGCUGGCCAUCCAGGAGGUCAUGUCCCUGACCAGCCCGUCAGCCCCGCCCACGUCGAGAACGACCACAGGAAAUGUCUGGUUAACACAUGAAGAGAUGGAAACGCUCACAGCCACGCCACAAACGGAAGAUGAGGAGGGAAGCUGGGCUCAGACCCUCGCAUACGGGGACAUGAACCACGAGUGGAUCGGCAACGAGUGGCUGCCCAGCCUGGGCCUCCCGCAGUACCGCAGCUACUUCAUGGAGUGCCUGGUGGAUGCGCGGAUGCUGGACCACUUGACCAAGAAGGACCUCCGGGGUCAGCUGAAGAUGGUCGACAGUUUUCACAGAAACAGUUUCCAGUGUGGAAUUAUGUGCCUGCGAAGGUUAAAUUAUGACCGAAAAGAGCUGGAGAGAAAACGAGAAGAAAGCCAAAAUGAAGUAAAAGAUGUGCUUGUUUGGAGCAACGACCGAGUCAUUCGCUGGAUCCUGUCCAUCGGCCUGAAGGAGUACGCCAACAACCUCGUGGAGAGUGGCGUCCACGGCGCGCUCGUGGCCUUGGACGAAACCUUCGACUUCAGCGCGCUGGCGCUCUUGUUACAGAUCCCAACGCAGAACACACAGGCUCGUGCCGUCUUGGAGAGAGAGUUUAACAACCUUUUGGUCAUGGGGACUGACAGAAGGUUCGAUGAAGACGAUGAUAAAAGCUUUAGGAGAGCACCUUCUUGGAGAAAAAAAUUUCGACCAAAGGAUGUUCGUGGCUUAGCUGCUGGGUCAGCAGAGACUCUCCCUGCAAACUUCCGGGUCACUUCCUCUCUGUCCUCGCCCUCUACGCAGCCAAAGAAGAUGCAGCUGGACGGCGGUGUGUCGGGAACGCAGAGGCUGGAUUCUGCUACAGUCAGGACUUACUCCUGCUGAAGCCUCCCCCCUGUUUACCCACACUACUUCUACAGAUGACACGCAACAGUCGCCACCCACCCAAGACUACGUUUUGGACUCAAAGGAAUCUUUAAUCUGUUAAUACUUGUUAUAUGGACCCUAAGAUAUUUUAUUACAGAGUUUUUAAUUAGUGAAAAAUUCAUGAAUACCAUAGAGAAAAUAUUUUAGAAUUUAAUGUUUCUUAUAUUUAUGUAAACUUAUGACUUCAUUUAUACAGUUGCUUACUUUUCCAUGUCUAUCCAGGCUAUAAAUAUCCUUUCAAAUCAAUUCUUGUUCUUAUAUCUGAUCUUAGCCUUUCCAAUGAAUGUACUGUAAUGCUCGUAUGUAUAAAUCCUAUGAACAGAUACAGGGCUCUUGUAAAUUAUGCAUUUAUUGUAAUUAUCGUUGUUUAAUUUUUUAAUAAUGAACCACGACAGAGAAGAGGAUUUUACUGCGUUUGUAAAAUCAUGGCACAGUGUGCAUUAUCCGUUACGAAACGUAACCAUGCUCUACAACAAUCAUUUUGAAAUAAGCAAACUUAAUUUCCAGCAAUUGUAUUUUAAUGACUGACCUUAACUGUACUUUUUCUAGCAAGAAAUGCUUUCCUCCUCAGCGUGAACAGAUUAAAAAUGCCAGGUGUUAAAUAUCAGCUUCUAAUCAGAUUGGGACUGAAAGGAUCAUCAGGACACCGUGAACUUCAGACCGGCCGACUCUCCGCAGCCUGUGGCCUCGGUAGCCCGUCUUCAGUAACUGGCAGAGCCGUGAGCUGGGGACAGUUCUCUCAGCCUCAAGACAGACUUGGGUGGGGAGCCGGGGCCCGCCGCACCCCCAUCCUCCCUGCCCCUCGGGGGACGUGGGCCGGGGCGCCCGCACAUCCACUCCCAGAGGACCAAUCGUGAGCGCUGCGCUCACUGCGAAGGCACGGGAUGCUGGACACCAUGCAGCGCAGCUGUGAUAAAGGCCUUAUUUUCUUAUGUAAGUCAUCUUCUUACAUUUGUUUGUAAACAGGUUUAAAGAAUGGACCUAACCGUACAUUUUUAGAUUUUGACAAUAUAGCCAUUUUGGAUUGUAUAAGUAGCAAAUGUAACUUUUACUUUUAAAUGGCACAUUAAACGGCCAGCAAGAAAUGUGUGCAGAUCACGGCGCAUUAUUUAUUACGCAGCUGAUACUUCGCCAGCUAGGACAGCACGACUUUUUACAUCUGGUUUCUGCUUUUAAUUUACUUGUACAAUUCAUUGUUACUGUUCUGUUUUUCUAUUAAUCUUUUGUGAACUUCCUGAUUAUGUAACAAAGUAUGUACAGCCUACUUUUGAACUAUUUUUAUCACAGUAUUAUUUAUUGCUUUCUUUCAAUAAAAUACUGAAGCAUUUUCCACUGCCAAUAAAGAUACGGGGAAUAAGCUGUAAUUAUACUGAAA